AUGGCCGCAGCUAUGGACCCAGGAGAGGAGCACACUCGUUUCAUUGAGUGGGCACAAUCUCACGGCGUGGACAUCAAUGGUAUCGCUCCUGCUAAAUUCAAGGAUCGCGGCAUGGGGAUCGUAGCCGCAUCUGAUAUCAAGAAAGGAGAGCAAAUAGUGCACGUGCGCAACACAUCACUAAUCACCGUUGCGCAACACGCCAUACAAGCGCUCAAGUUCCCGACCAAGACUUCAAUACAUGCCCGUCUAGCUGCGUAUCUAGCUCUUCACUACGCAGACGAGGACUGCCAACAUCAACCUUGGCGGGAGGUCUGGCCAAGUCAGGAUGAAUUCAUUCAUAUUCUUCCACUGCACUGGUCGAGGAAGCUGCAGGAUCUGCUACCACAUGCUGCGACUGUGCUUCUCACAGCCCAGCGCUCGAAUCUCGAGAGAGACUUUGUUAAUAUUCACGCCAUCCACCCUUCCAUCCCAAAAGUUCUCUUCACCUACACAUGGCUUAUCGUCAACACACGUACUUUCUACUGGGAAUACCCUGAUCUUCCAAAUGCGCAUCCGCGCCUUCCGAAAAAGCGCCAACAGCUGACAGCAGACGACUGCUACGCCAUGUGUCCCUUCAUGGAUUACUUCAAUCACUCUGAUAAAGGUUGCGACCCUAAGGCUGAUGCAAAAGGCUACUCGGUCACUGCCGAUCGCGCCUACAAAGCCGGCGAAGAAGUCUACGUCUCGUAUGGCUCACAUUCGAAUGAUUUCCUGCUCGUGGAGUAUGGCUUCAUACUGGACACCAACGGAUGUGACUCCUUACCUCUGGACCACCUUAUACUCUCGCAACUCUCGUCUGAGCAGGCCGAGAUACUCAGGGAAGAUGGUUUCUACGGAUCCUAUACGCUCUCACCGACGACCCCGACAAUAUGCCAUCGCACUCAGGCCGUCGUACGUUUGUUGACGCUGCCCUCGCGGCGAUACACGGCUUUCGUGAGCGGGACCGAUGAAGGAGUGGGCGACCAAGGAAAGGUAAAUGGAUACGUUGUUGGGCUUUUAGUCAAAUACGAGAGGCAGAUUAUGGAGAUUAUGGAGGAGGUGGAAGAGCUGAAGGCUGGUGGAGAAGUAAAGACAGCACAGAAAGAUACCCUACUACGGCGCUGGAAGCAAGUUCAAAGCAUUGUAAAGACAAGUAUAGAUGCCCUGAGCAGCUGA